CCAAGCAAUCUCCAACGGUCAAAAUCCUUAUCCCAAAACCUCAUCCUUUCCCUCCUCUUCUCUCCACUCAUUUCCCCUCUCUUUUCAUCCAUACCAUAAACCAUUAACCAGAAAAAAAGAUAAGGCACUCGCAAGAACAGCAGCCAGAUCUCUCUUCUCUUUGAUCUCUGGCUUGAGCUACAGGAAAUUUCAUUACCACCAUGUCUUGCUCGAAUCUGACAAUGUGGAUGUCCUCAAAACCAUCUCUUUCCGACACCUCUUCACUAUCUUUUUGCUCUUCUCUCAACCCUUUUCAGCUUCCUACUCACACUUCAUCCAGCAGCAACACCCCAAGAUCCUCUUCUGUAACCCCAAUUCACUGUGGUCUCCGUGAGCUUCGAAGUCGUAUAGAUUCAGUGAAGAAUACACAGAAGAUCACCGAAGCCAUGAAGCUUGUCGCUGCUGCAAAGGUGAGGAGAGCACAAGAAGCUGUUGUUAAUGGUAGGCCUUUCUCUGAAACUCUUGUAGAAGUUCUUUACAACAUUAAUGAACAGCUCCAAACUGAGGACAUAGAUGCGCCUCUCACCAAAAUUAGGCCAGUCAAGAAAGUCGCUCUAGUUGUUUGUACUGGUGAUAGAGGUCUUUGUGGAGGUUUCAACAACAAUAUUAUAAAAAAAGCAGAAGCUAGAAUUGCAGAAUUGAAGGGGCUUGGACUUGAUUACACAGUCAUUAGCGUUGGAAAGAAGGGUAACUCUUAUUUUGUAAGGCGGCCUUAUAUUCCAGUUGAUAGGUUCCUUGAGGGAACCACUCUGCCUACAGCUAAAGAGGCUCAAGCAAUAGCAGAUGAUGUAUUUUCACUCUUUGUUAGUGAAGAAGUUGACAAGGUGGAGCUUUUAUACACGAAAUUUGUGUCACUGGUUAAGUCUGAUCCCGUUAUACAUACCUUGCUUCCACUUUCACCAAAGGGAGAGAUUUGUGACAUUAAUGGGAACUGUGUUGAUGCUGCCGAAGAUGAAUUCUUCAGGUUGACAACAAGAGAAGGGAAAUUAACUGUAGAGAGAGAUGUUGUUAGGACUCAAACGGCAGAUUUCUCUGCAAUUUUGCAGUUUGAGCAGGACCCAGUUCAGAUUCUUGAUGCCUUAUUACCUCUAUAUUUGAAUAGUCAGAUUUUGAAGGCAUUGCAGGAAUCACUAGCCAGUGAGCUUGCAGCUAGGAUGAGUGCUAUGAGCAAUGCAACUGAUAAUGCAGUCGAAUUGAAGAAGAACCUUUCCAUUGUUUACAACAGGCAGCGCCAGGCAAAAAUUACUGGAGAGAUAUUGGAGAUUGUUGCAGGUGCUGAUGCAUUAGUCUAGGAAUCUGUGGUUGCACAAUUCUGAUUCUCUCUGGGUAAAUUCAUGGGUAUCCUAUUAUUCAUUCAAAUAUGCUUGUCUUAAUAACGGUUAUGAGAUAGGACAUAUUUUUUUCUUCCAUUGUAAUUCUCAAACUGCUCAUAAAACACUCAACCCUGAGAACUGCAAUGUAAAAUUGAGCAUUCUCCUUAUCUUUGUACCUCAGCUUUUUCCCCUGAUAUAUAAUACUACUUGUAUUGCCUGAUUAUAUGUAAGUGAUCUUUGUCAA